AUGCCGACGGACAACCCGCUCGCGCGCAUGUGGGGCAAGCUCACCCCCCCCGAACCGCCCCCCGAACCCGCGGCGACUACGGGCGCCGACUACGAGCGUUUGAGAGACGAGCGCGUCGCCCGCAACCGCGCCAUCAUGAGAGAGCUCGGCAUCAACAACCUCGCCUCCACGAUGGGCCUCCUCGAGGGCGGCUCCAAGCGCAAGAGAACGGGCGCGCGCGACAAUCCCAGGCGGAGCGCGGCCGCACGAGGGCCCGCUCGCACCUCGGCACCCACGCGCCGAUCCACGCGGUCCACGCGGCACACCGGGUCCUUCUUCGACGACGUCGACGCCGACGCCCUUCGAGCGACGUUCGGCGACGCCCGCGCGGUGACUCACCGCCCGGUGACUCACCGCGACGCCGCGACGACGCACGAGGACGCGCGAACAGAGGAAGACGAGACGUUCGACGACAGCGGGGUGCUCCGAUACGUCGCGUGGGGAUCCGCCGACGACGGCCAGGGUCCGUCGCGGGAGCCAUCAUCGGACGAGACCCAAAACCAAAAAAACCAAAACCAAAACCAAAACCAAAACCACGCCGGCGGUCGACUCGUGGGAUUCGCCGAACUGCCCGCGCGUUUCGUCGACGGCACGUGCAAGAAGGGUUUCUACUCCAUCGACGCGAGAUGCGGCUUACUGGCGGCGGGGGGCGACGGCGGACGAUGCGCGGUGUUCGCGCCAGAGCCCGUUUCAUUAUCCACUGGCGCGGGUGGAAAGACGUACUCGACGGUGCACGAACGAGGACAAACUCGCGACGGGGACGGGGACGAAAAGUCGGCACCCCGGGACGGGGACGGGUCGGAAACGGACGAGGCGGAUCGCGCGACGACGGACGAGCGCGGGCGACGGAUUCGGCGCCACUCGCCGACGCUGUCGUGGACCGCGCACAGGGGUUGGUGCUCGCAGGCGCAGUUCCCCGAUGUCCUCGAUUGCGCUUCUUCCGCGACGACGAACGCGUCCCACCUGCUCACCGCCGGCGGCAUGGACGGCACGGUGUGCUCGUGGAACCUCGCCGUCAAGUCCGCGGCGACGGGCGCGCCGAAGCUGACGUGGCGCCUCGACGCGGGACGAGGCUCCGGCGUCUUCUCGAUGCACCACGCUAGAGACGAGCUCUUGGUCGGGUGCAAGGAUUGGACGGUGCGGCGGUGGCGCGUCGGCGAGGGCGUCGUCCGGGGCGCCGUCGAUUUGGACCCGGUGGCGUGCGUCGAGUACGACGGUUUGCACGCCGGGGUCGUUCGAUGCGUUCGAUGGAACGACGCGUCAUCGGGCGGUGUCGAGUCCGAUUUUUCACACACGUCGGACGGCUUCGGGGGUCAUUGGCUAUUCGCGUCCUGCGGCGGCGACGGGCGCGUCGCCGUCGUGGACACGCGGAUCGCGCCGAGUCGCGCGAAGGUGGCGGGGCUGGACGACGCGCACGGGGGUCGACCGGUCAACUUCGUCGAGUGGGGACGCCGGGGACGGGGAACGGGAACGGGAACGGGCCAGGGCGGAGGGAACGGUUAUUACUCGCUGCUUACGUCCGGCGGCGACGCGUUCGUCCGGCUGUGGGACCUCCGCGCCCUCGCGACGUCCCUCGACGAGACGCGACGCACCGGAGACGGCGUUAAGGGUGGCGAGGGCGACGCUCCGAUGACGUUGGCGUUGGCGCGAGAGUUCACCGGGCACCACCGCGCGGGUUUGACCAGGCCAAAGACGAUAACGCGAGCCGUCUUCGUGUUCGACGGCGACGACGCGCGCGUGGUGACCCCCGGGGAGCAAUCGCGAGCGGUGUCGCUGUACAGGCGAGGGCGAUCGCGCGGCUUCGAAGAGACGACGCGCGAGGGACCUCAUCCAAAGCUCGGAGAGUGCGUGAGCCGCGGGGACGUGGGAUUCGAUCCAACCGCCGUGUUCUCCCUCGGCGCCACGUGGAACCGCGCACUGGGCGAGUCGUCGUCGUUCGGGUGGAGCCUGGCGCUGGCGAACAAAGGGGAGAUCAGGGUGUACGAGCCGGUCCGGGAGGGCGGCGGGUGGGUGGGCGCGGGAGGGUCGAGCGCGGGUGUGUCCGGGGGAUGA